UCCGGGUUUCUUAAUUUUACAAUUUUAUCUAAGUUCUCUUUGUGUUUUAUGAAAUGAAUAUGAAUUCUAAAAUUGUACUUUGCUGGGAAACUACACUACUGCCAGUGAUAAUGGCCGGGGUGCAUUGAAUUUUAAACAUCAAGUUCCGACCGGUAACGAAUAACGGAAAAAAAUCAUGUCUAGCGAGUUGGAGGGUUGUUUAAAUCGGCUAAAAACAUGCCUGGAUUCGAAACAUGCGCCACGAGCGCGCACCGUGAUCGAACAGAUUACCAAGUUCCUGCUGGAAGUCCCCGUUGAAGGUCGUGCCGAGAUCGAGUACCACCUAGAACUGCUGUUCAACGAUGCUGCCGGUCUUGUGGCCUUUCUCGAGCGUUCCUUUGCCGCUGCGAAACAGUUUGCGAAGGCCAACGAAGAUUGUUUCGAGCUGUUUCGCAAAACGAUCGAAAAACAUUCGCGGCUCGCUAGCAAAUGGAUCGAUCGGAUUGUGUCCGUUGCGCUUCGGUACAUCACCUCCACUGCCGUGACGGCGCGAGAACGUGAACUGGCCACGCUCGUCCUACAGGAUAGCAUUUCGUAUGGAUGUCUCGAUGCCAGUAGCUACUCAAAGCUGAACACACUCGUUGCCGAUCUGUUGCCGGUGUUUCAGCAACGGAAACCCCCGCACCGGUUUCAGCAGAAUCUGUUCGAAUUGCUCGGUCAGCUGUCCAAAACCUUCCCGCAGUACGUUAACGAACCGAUCCGGCUACAAGAGGUGUUUGUUGGGUCUGCUGAAAGCCAGCUGCUGGAGGAGAACAACCUUUCGCUGGUAUCGUUAGCUGGAGCCGUCCGUGGUUUGGAUUUGUUUCUGCAUAAUUUCGCGCCCGAUGCCGAACAGCUGGAAAUACGGCGACGAAUUUACCUUUUGGUUAAGAAACUGUCCCCCUGGGAGGAGCUACGAUCUGAGCGGAUCGUGUUUCGGAAUGCGCUCCAACUGUUGGCGAACCAUGCAGCACUCUUCGGUGAUUUCCUGUACAACGAUCACACGCAUUGGCAGGCGGCUCUUGCUGACCGAUGUAUUCGUUCGAGUAACCGUGACGAUCGGCGGAUUGGUUUGGCCGCACUUUACGCUUUCCACGGCGAGCUAGCGCAUGCCCUUUUGCGACGAAACCAGUCACCAGAAGCUUCUGAACGACAAUCAGCAGUACAGGUGCUGAAUCGAUACCUGGCAUACUAUCGGAAGCUUCUCAACACUGCCGACGCCGAACGACUGGAUGUACGCAUCGCCAUCCGAGGAUUCGGUAUUAUGGCUGGACCAUGCCAUCGGUUGACCGAUGCUAGCGCAUCCCUCGUAGAACUGCUCACGAUCGUACUGGAACGUAUCGAGUGCAUCUGUGGUGAAUCUUCAACUGCAGCUGGUGAUAGAUUGGAAGAUCUGCCCGAUUUCGUACAGUCCUUGUCGGAAAUCUUGACACAAGUUGAUGAACUGUCCACGGUACAGCUCGUUUCUUUGCAAACGAUGAUCGUUGCGUUGAUUCGCGACUUCUACCAUCUGGGCACCGUGUACCAUCAGCUGAUCGUACGUUCACUAGCUUGUACGCUGGCAAACAUACACAAGCUAGGUGGCAGUGCGUUAGAUCUGCUACUUGAUAAUGUCGUGCUGCAAGGAAUCAUUUGGAGCUGUUCCCAUAAGCUGCCAUACGAUCCACCGAACGGCCGAUCGGAUACGGCACAGGAAUUUGAUUGGAAGCGUGAGACGGUGACCUAUAAGAAUUAUCUUCCCCUCUGGAAGGGAUUGUUGGGUGACAAAAGGGUGCCGAAUGAACAGCUCGUCCGUUCCAUCUUCCGCUCCUUCAUGCGUACUCUUUUCGUCAUCAUCGAGAAGCUGGAUUUAUCCACCAAAAAACGAGUAUUGAACAACGAGAGCGACCUUGCAAAAGGAAUGUAUUUCUGCGAUCCCAACCUUAAUCUCGAACCGGUCAAACCAAAAGAUUUUCACAUCUUCCUCAAUCUGAUUGAGCUGUACCGGGACGUGCUACAAGGAUCGCAGCAUCUGGAUGAAUCGUUCCUCGAGUGGAUCCGUCGUUACUUCGAGAUGUGUGUAAAGCAAUCGGUGGACCAUCCACUUGUGAGCGGAUUCGUGAAGCUGAUUGAACUUGGUGUCGCCAUAGCGGAACGAAAUGGUUACUUUCGUCGGGCGAAUGAUUUCGAAUCCAAAUCUACCGCUCUGUUGUUGGUGGCGUAUGUAGAGCGGACAAUAGUACGGGCCCUACAUGCCAGUGGCGAGCUUCAGCUCGCAUGCUUACGCUUCGUGCUGAACGUUCCGGUCCGAAUGUUGGUCGAAUUCGUAGACGAUGAACAACAUCAGCAACCCCUCAUGGUAGCCGUGUUCCAGGUGGCAUUCCGACUGGGUAGAACCCUGUUGUCGAUUGCCCGAGCCGCACUUGGAUGUCUGCAACGAUUGGUACUGUUCCGUGAUCCACCUAUCCACGCGGCCCAACGAGAGCAACUGCUCCGUCAGGUGUUACCCCUACUAGAACCGUAUCUACUUGCCCGUGAGUCAACGCUACCUUCCCUGGCGGCUAGCCGACGUUUGGUACGAUUUCAUCGUAAUCGUACGGCUAACAUUUCGUCCGAAAAGAUUGAACGCAUCAAGGAACAGCACCGUACGGAGCAGAUUGACGAAGUGUCGGAGUUGGUAACGUUCCAGCUGCGGAUCGUGAACUUUCUGGCCGACUUGCAACCGAAUGAGUGUUGCUGGUUGGUGGUAGAGAAGGAACGCGAAGAAGAGAGUGACGGAACGUUAGGAAGAUUCGAGGUGGACUGCAGCACGCAAGGCACCAUCAGUGGUUCGUUGGUUCGCUGGAAUGCUCAAAGCGAACGGUCCAUUGAGCUACGCUUACUGUGUGCGAGUGGCAUCCGACCUUGCAUCAAACUGGACAAUCUUAUUGGCAGGGUGGCGCAGUUGGCACUUGGAUCGAGUGAUCGAGCGACGAAGCUGGUAGCAUGUGAGAUACUACACACGCUCAUUCUAUAUCUGCUUGGAAUACACUAUCAGGAUGAGCUUACUGGAUUGUGGUCCGAGCUAUGCGAUUAUUUGUUGCAGCUGAGCUGUGAUACGGAUGUGGCUGUCUGCCAAAUGUUUGAACCACUACUGUUCCAGAUCGUUCACUAUCUCACCCAACCGUCCAAGAUGAAUCAAAAGGGAACUUCGACCCUACUGGAAUGCCUGCUUAAUGCAACCGCUCAUCGGCAAGAGAGCGCGGUGCGGGAUCUAGCCGUACGUGCACUGCGUGAGUUCCUGCAGUGGGCUAAUCGGCAAAGUGGCGGUACUGCAUCAUUUGAAGAUCGUCGUCGGAUUAAAUGUACACUGCUGGAUGGUCUCCGAACGUACGCCAUGGAAUCCAACGCUGCUCGACGUUACGGUGCAGCCUUGGCGUUUAACAAUCUUUUCCGAUUGCUGCUCCAAGAGGACUAUCAUCUAGUGCGGUACCUGGUGGAUCUACUGGCGGCAUUUGCGGCCGGUUUCGUACUAACGGAGGAUCUAGCCGGGCUCACCGGGGUGGGGCAGCUGAGUGUCUCGGCAGAUGGUGAUGCAUUGGAGCAGUUCUCUUUGGCACUGGCUCAUUUGGGCAAAGUGUUGAACACGAGACGAGCGCUAUACGAUGUUGCUCCUUCCUGCGAAUCGAUCCAUCCGGAGUACCGGCAGAUCAUUCCACCGACGAUCGGUGGCGGUCGACUGAAAGACGUUGUACUGUGGCUAUUCCGUCAAUGCGCCCACCGGCAGCAUCGCUAUCGUCGUGAGUGUAUGAAGCUGUUUGUGCGUCUUGCAUCCAACAUCCAAGGUGUUACCUGCGCAGCCGAUUUCUUGCGGCAACACGUACCGACCAGCGAACUCGAAUCAAUCUGCCUGCACGAUGAUGCCAGUCAAGGUAUCGCCCAAGCACCAACGUUGGAUAGUCUACGGAGCGAACGAGCUGUACCACUCGUUGCGAACGUAUAUCUGUGGAUGGAGUACCUGCAUGCCAGCAUCGAUAUGUGUUGUUGGUUGCUGAAGGAGAAGCUUCUCGCAACGGAGGCGGCGAAUAGAUUAGUAGUGGCUUCGCUCCUGCCUGUCGUCCGUUACUGUCUUCAGUCGGUGGUAAUGCUCUCAUUACAUGGAUUAAUAUUGCUAAUCGAUCCCCAGGGCAAUAUGGAGACGCUGUCGGAUAGUUUCGAACUGCGUAUGAAUGCCGAUAAGAUCGUACGCUUCGAUGCACUUCGUGCCGGCCUAGUAAGACAAAUUGUAGAGCUGCUAGUUGUGCUGGUAAAUGUGAGGGAGCUGAAUGCCGGACCGUCCGAUAUCGGGCUGUGGGAGAAUGAUUCAACGAACGAGUUUCUGCUGACGCUUGUCUUUGAAUCGCAACAGUUUGGUUUAGACUGCAGUAUUCCGAUCAGCCCGGAGCAAUCGGUAGACAAAUCGGGUUUUCUCUGGAACAAUCUUAUCCUACUGAUUGAAGGCCUUUUCCAACACGAUUCACAACGAGUUAGACUUCAGGUAGCGUCGGCCCUUACGCAACGACUGAUCAGGGUGAUUGAGGAAGUUGGAAACCGUAUCGUGACACUUCUCGUACAGCAAACAGUCAAUGAGCUCGACCAGAAAAGUGCCAAAGGGUUGCUGUUCCUCGCCAAGCAUCACCGGAAUCGAGUCUUGCAAGAUCCCUCCGAUCGCGACCAAUUUCAACAUAUUGCUCAAAAGUUGUUGAAUGAUUGCUUUGAAGUUGUUGGGCGUGAUGGAGUGCAGCUGAUACUGACCCCAUCGGCAGCACGAUUCGGAACCAUCCUGCUGCAAGCUGUUUAUGCACUGUCCAUCAGCAGCGAUUCAGAGCUACUGCAACGAACGAUCGCAUGCUGCCUAAGCGAUACCAUGCUUCGGCCAGCUAUUCUACAUGGACAACACUUUGUAGCGUGCUUUGGAAUAGCCAUCUUUGAAAUGGUGUUGACGAACCCAGCCUCGAGCCUUCCACGAUUCCUGAGUUCGUUGAGCAAGGAUAACUUCUCUUCCAUCGUGCAGCUGCUUUGCGAGUUGAUGGAAUACGCAUACCGGAAGCACGCGGCGGAUAAUGAUAUGUUACUUCUGCUGACCGAUACGCUACUCGUACAAGGAUGGAACCUGAUUCUCGAAUGUUCCCGAACGCAGGAGAACCGUUUUGAUGCCGCCGACCAACAGCUGAUCGCACUGUUCGCCAACGUGGCAAUGAUCUGUCCGUUUCCACUGUGGGAGAUGCGGACGAAAGUUGGCCCCAGCUACGUGCAGUGGCUCAUAAGCCUGAUAGCGGAUCAGUCCAGGCAGAUCGCAUUGAAAACGAAAGCGAUCGUGCUACUACCGACCAUACUCGGCCCGGAGGAGUACGACGAGGAGCGACACAAACCGAUCAAGGUUGCUCUCGAGAAGCUACAGGACACACACUUCCCUCUACGAUCGACGGAAUUCCCGCCCGACAGCCCGCAGCGGCUUGGAUUCGUCAACUGUUUGGAGCGUCUGCUUGAUGCGCUCGUCGUAUCGCGAUCACCGCUGCUGCUGAAGUCGAUCGUACAGAUGACGGCCCCGCACGGUAAGGGCCACAUUGCCGAACGUCAGAUUCGUACUGCGAUCGAACGAUUCUUCCAGAAGCAAUCUUUUGAGGUGCAGUGUGCCAGACUGCAGGAUUUGUGGGCGUUGUAUGUGGAUCAGGCUUAUGCACCGGCCGUCCGACUUACCAUAUUGCAUCGCUAUCUACGCACCGGUCAGUGGUGCUGUAGCUACGAUACGAUUAUCGCAUUCUAUCGUCGAAACAUUCGCGCGAUAGCGCAGCUGGUGGAGGUAGAGCUGGCUAAUCGCAGCGGCUGGGAUUUAGAGCAUGCGCUCGUCGAUCGAGCCGGUGGCUUUUGCUUGAUUGAACAGUAUGCAGCCCUGCUACCACGGUCCAUGCUGCUGACCGAUGAUUGUACCGUUUCACGGGUGCUGUACGCACCGCUCGAUGGUAGCGUAGCGAAGGUGCGCGGUAAUCGAUUGAUAGGGGAUUUUAGCAAACGGGCCCAUACCGCUCGCCGAUUGCCAUUUCGGGCUGGUGAUGACCGGACGGUGGCCGAACGCUAUCGACAGUACCAGUGUGCCGCCUAUCGUGCCCUAGUGGCGCUGAUCUCCAACACCAACGAUGACCCACGCAUGUACUCCGUCCUGCUGUUUCGUGAGAACCGAGAAAAACGGGAAUACCUUUGGCGCAAUUUGGUGGACUGCCGUGACGAAACACUAUACCUGGAGGCGAGCCAGGAACUGGUGGAAGUGCCCGGCAUCAUCAAGAAGCGCAUUGCGAUCCGCCGGGAGAUGGAUUCACGAACCGUUCGGCACAAUCCUGGAACCGAUCUGUCGGUGGUGACAGAAUCAUCCCUCAGCCAGGAAGUGUCACGCUACGAUCUUAACCACUCGGUCGUGUUAUCUGCCCGUGAGCUUGCUCAGCGAGAUGCGACCGAGCUGGCACUCCGACAGAAGGGUUCCCAGUCGGCGGUUCCACUCGAACGAACCCGAAUCAACGAGCACGAAGUAAUGGCGACGGUCUGUGGAUGUUUGCAGCAUAUGGCACAGGCGAAGAUCGCCAUCGAACCGGUGGUACGCUUUAUAGCCGAUUCCUUCAACGAUCCCGAGCAACCGCCAAACGUGCGGCUCUUUCUGGCCAAGCUGAUCGACAACUGUCGCGCCGAGUUGAAGCCACACGCAUCGUUACUGAUCGCUCCGAUCAUGCAGCUGAUCGUCGAUGAACGGGUGUUCCACCGAGGGUUGAACACACUCGUAACGGAUCUGUUCGCUCUCGUACUUGAGUGGAGUGGUAUUGAGGAAGCCCGAAUGGAAAGCGUCUCAGUUUUUUCGUCGGUGGAGAUGACCCAGCUGGCCAGCGCGUUGCUGCGCUUUAUCAUGAAGCACUGCUGUCAGCAGCGUGCCCAGCGUGAAGUGUUUCGGUUGAACUUGGAAUUGACACGAGCCGUAAUACGCCAGUGGCACCAAGUGUUGGUCGUACCGACGGAGCUACUGUAUGGAAUGGUAACGAGGAACUUGACACUGGCCACGACGCAGACAUCGACGCAGGCCGCGACGCAGCAGGAUGAUCGGGCAUCGUUCGAACUAAUCACUGGGCUACAGCUUGGAACGAUCGUGCUGCUGAAUGGUGCUGGAAGGUUGACACCAUGGACUGAUAGCAGCCAGCUGAUGUACGUACGAGCGGUAAUGCAGUCCUUGAGUGCCGCGAAUAGCACCAUCUAUCGACCAGCGGCGCAACUGUUGGGAUUAUCGAUGGCUCGGCUCUUUCCUGACGGUGUUCCGGAGGACGAUGUCGACCAGCCAAGCGGACCGUCUGAUUUGAUCGUCUUUUACCGGAGCGAAUGUAUUGCGCUGCUUUCCACGAUGCAACGCUCACAGGGACGUAAAUUUUUGGAAAUCCUUUCCGAAGCCAGCAAAGCGUUCCCAUCCAUCGUCGACCCAUUCCUGUCGAUCGUUAGCUUCCGCAUGCCGAUGGCGUCGGUGCCGGAGAAGCGCAUAUGUCUGGAGCUGCUGCUAGGCGGUCGCCUGGAACGGUUUGGCUCCGAUUUAUAUCGUGAGCUGGCCUCAAUGGGUCUUGCAUCGUUGUUGCGUGAGGCUGAACUACAACUUCCAACCCUACAUCUGCUGAACCGUGCCUUGCCGCUGAUCACUGAGCUGGAAGAGUUGGUACAACUGAUCGAUCCUGUUGGAAGGGUUAUAACCGAGCCACUUGCCAGUACUCCCGAAGUGCGUGCAGUUGCAUUCGAGAUUCUGAUCUACAUCCAUGAAACACGCGCUCGAGAGCUGUCUGAAGAACAGCAGAAGAACAUUUGGAGGUUGCUGAUAAGAGGUUUAGCCGAUACCGAGCCACCGAAUGCAUCCGGCUCCUCGGUUCGCGUGCGCAUACUCGAGUACCUCACGGAUUCUGGUCGACUGCCGUCGGAUGUACGGGAGCGAUUCCAUUACCUGCUUGCAGAACUGUAUGAUCCGUCCGUUGAAACGGACUUCCUCGGUUGCGCCGUUGCGCUCCUGUUCGAUCCUGCCAUUCGCUGCAGGGAAUCGAAGGAACGUCUUUUCCUCCACGAAUACCUGGCGGCUGAUGUGAAGUUCCGCGAGUACACCAUCGAGACGGGACCGAAACGGCAACAUCAGAGCACAUUGUCAGUACCACUGUUCACGGAAUCUGUCUUGCAACGACCACAGCUACACACCGGUACCGGAUCACAGAUGGAGGUUGUCAUCAGGGCGACCCAGUUUGCCGGGUCAGGCGAUCGUGCCGAUACACAACUGUUCGAACCGACACAGGAUCCAGUCCGCUACACGCAAGGCCAGGAUACGUUCGCGUUGCCAACGCAGCAUUCGCUUUUCUUUGAGGCAAGUUCGCUACAACUUGAUCGUCGCUCACGGCGUAAAGAUGGUGUUGGGCAACCGGAGCAGCAAGCGGCUUUCCAGGCGGAGCAAACCUUCGAACGACUUCGUAAACGCAUUCUACGUGAUAGUGAGACGAGCCGACGCCAAUUCGUAACACGGGCAAUCGAUCGGCAGCAUACCGCACAGCGACAGCGACGGGCUGCUGGAGCCCAAUCGGUAACCCUCUAUCGUCGCUAUCGCUUGGCCGACUAUCCCGAUCUGCAGAUCAAUCUUCUUGCCUUUCUGCUGCCACUGCAAGCCCUCUGUCGGCGUGAUGCGACCUGCGCCCGCCAAACCUUUGUAGCGAUCUUCAAUGGGCUAGUCGAGGGAUUGCGGCAGGAAGGUAGUGACUCCUCCGCUCGACAAAAUGAGGAAAAAGAACGACGCCAUUUCCUGGAGAAACUCGAUUCGUCCGUCCAGCGGAUACUGGAAUCAUCGAAGGUUUGUGAUCCAAAUCUCUUCGGUGCGUUGAUGGAGCUAACCCUCGGCAGCAUAACUUCCGGGCGGAUGAAGCUUGGUCCGCGUACGGUCGCCACGGUAGCUGGUUCCAGCAAUAUGCUCACGAUGGGCGUACUCUACCUCGAGGCUAAGCUAGCGGAUGGUGACGAGUUUGACGAGGAGCGAUCGGUCAAUGUUGAUGGGCGAUCGGAAGCAGCACACUGGUUGCAGCUCUCCAUUCUAUACCAUGCCCUGCAGGAGCACGACGUGGUAGCGAGCAUCUUCGGCGAGAAAUGGGACAGUGAUCCACGGUUGCGGAAGGCGAUCGAUCUGGAGGCGCUAGGGCGAUACGAUCGCGCAUACCGCGCAUACCUGGAUAUGAUCAAUUCGGCGACGGCGAUGACCGCGGUACGGGUUGAAGAGCGUAACUUUUGCUACAAAUCCGCCUGCGAGUGCUUGAUCCGGCUGGCUGAGUGGGAUUCGGUGCUGCUGCUCGUCAGCGAUCAGGUGACAAGCUACGAGGAGCUCUGGACUGAUGAUUGGAACCAGGAGCACCUGCUGCCGGGGUAUAUGCAUGCGAGCGUACGUCGUAAUUUGGUCGGUGAUGAGCGAGGUCGUGAGUUCUGUCAGCUGCUACAACAGUGGAUGCACAUCCCGGAUCGUGCUUCAUGCAUCCGACAGCAGUUUGGCGAAGAACUGAGCGCCCUUCAGAUCGCCUGUGGAGAGAUGGUCCGUGCGCGGUUAUACGCAGAUCAAACGCAACGACAGUUUCUGGAAGAGUGGCACUGUGCUGGCGUACUGUCGGAGGUGUAUCGGACGUCCUGUCUGCUAGUAGUACGCAAAGUGAGCGAAUUGCGUGGCUACAGCGUGCUGCUAGAACUCCCGUCGGAUCAGCUAGUUGCUGGGAUGGCAAGUCUGGCCGUUGCGUGGCGAUAUGCGAUGCCCUUGACCACGGAUUCCUUGAUCGUGUGGGAUGCGCUCGUAGCGUAUCGACGCUUUCUGUUGGAACAACUGGAACGAAAGCUAACCACGGCGGAUGAGACAGUAACGGGUUCAAACAUUCUGUCGAAACUUACCGAAUUGCUGCUAGAGUUGGAGCUCCGUCUGUUGGAAGUAGCCACUGUGCAGAACAAUAUCAAGUACGCCGGCAAAGUGAACGCAAGGUUACAAGCUGACGAAGCAAACCCCGCUUCGGGGCGAGGAUCAAUUAGUAAGGAGUAUCUGCUGCGCCGUCGUGUAGCCCGUGCACAGUAUGAUCGAUUUCGUCUGAAGGAAUCCUCGUCCAGCUCUUCCGGCCGUCAGUUGAUUAAAUGCUUCAGACAGUUGUCGGAGCUGACGAAGCAAGAGGACCAGACUACCACUGAGACUAGAGUCCCGCGUGCGCUGGGUGCAGCAUGGAAAGAACUGUAUAACUACGCUCGUUAUUUCCAUGAAACUUCCACUGAAAAACCUCUUGAUCCUAGAGACUCUAAUGCAGUACUGGACAUCCUUAAAUCGAUAGAAGAAGAUAGCGGCAAUGGAAGUGCUGAUUGGUCGCAAACCGACGCUUUACAUAACUUCUCCCUGCGCUGCCUGAAGUCGAAUAUCAAAGAGAUGGCGGCUGGUCGGCCACCACUUUUCGGCAACCAGGCGGAAGUGGAACGCGCAACAUCCGCCGACGAACUUGCCGAUGCGUACCUUCGUAUGGCCCAGUUUUGCUAUGAGUCACUCGAUACAACCAAAGCGGAAGCGGAACAGUGCCUACUUGAGAGAGAACUGGUCACCUCGCUUCUCGCCGCUAUGCAGUAUGGUUCUGAUGAAGCACGCCAGCUGUUUCCCGUCCUACUUCAACUACGCAACCUUCACAACGACACUCUUCGGGAAGAGUUCAUUCAGCAAGCGAGCACGGUACCGACUUGGCACUUCCUCCCGUGGAUUCCACAGAUUCUUUCCUACCUUCGGCUAACGGUUAAUGAUGCCGGCCCGGAGGGAAGCUUUCUGGAUGAGCUAUUGCAGAGGCUCGUCCGUGAGUAUCCGAUGGCGCUGUACUUCCCCAUGCGCCUGUCGUUGGAAUCAACAAAUGGUGAUGCGUUCCGGCCAUUCAUAGCACGCAUUCGAUCGAGUUUACAGUUCCCCUUGAUGGAUCGGUUCGUUGAAGAGCUGUACCGUGUUGCCAUUCCCGGCAAGCGACUUCUUGCGGUGCUCGCGAAGCUUAGGGAGCAAGUGCAAACCGUAACCGACGCCAACGAACAUCGUCGGAUUGUGGAGAAUGCCCUAGUAACAUCCGAUGGAAUGCGACUGUUUCCUGCGGGUGAUGGUGAUCGUCGGUUUGGAAGUGCGUACCUGCAACUGUUACCGCACAUUCGUCAGCUAACAGCGCUAGCCGAUCUGCAUCCUGUCGACGAACGGAACCAGAUCUUGGAGCGAAUGGCUGAGCUGGAAGCAGAGUUAAGAACGCCACGUUCGCAGCCACUACGUCUUGAGGAUCUGUCACCCUGGUUGGCGGAUUAUCAUUCCAGUGGCAAUCAGCAAGACCAGAUCGAACUGCCGGCUCAGUACGGACGUGAUGACCGAGUGCCAAGUGCGACCAACCAUGGUGUGCGGAUUGUGAAGAUUGUACCCGAGGUGACGGUUUUCGAUGCGACCCUUCGUGCUCCCGUGCUGCUUACGUUUCGGGGCAGCGAUGGACGAGCACAUCGAUUCCUGGCCAAAUCCGGUGAGGAUCUUCGCCAGGAUCAGCGUAUUCAGCAGCUGCAGCAAGAGAUCACAUACCGGCUGCGAUACGAUCGCUGUUGCCGGGAGCAACGGCUGGAGCUGCGCUCCUACCAAGUCAUCCCGAUACGCCGUGAUUAUGGGCUGAUCGGUUGGCUUGAGGAUACGGUGUCGCUAAAGGAUAUCGCUCGGCGGGCAACAUCGCGCUAUAACCCCAACGAUCGUGGUCCGAACUAUGUGCUCGAAGAAUAUGGGCGCUUUUUGUUACAAGCCUCGAGACACGGUACGGUGGAUGAACCGAUCACGAACUCCGUGCUGAAGUCCUCGGAUCUGUAUGGGAGGGUUGCUGCAUAUGGCGAUCCUCGACGAUUGGCACUAAAGUACAUCGAGCUGAAGCAAACAAUUCGCUCGGAUACGCUGAAGCGUGCCUUGUUCGAUAUGUCCGUCUCGCCGGAGGCGUUCUAUCGCUUGCGUAUGAACUUUGGACGAUCGUUGGCUACGAUGAACGUUACGUGUUGGGUGCUCGGAAUCGGCGAUCGUCAUCUUUCCAAUAUUGUGCUCGAGCGCUCAACCGGUAAGCUGGCGGGUGUUGACUUUGGGCUAGCGUUCGGUGCCGGAACCCGUGAUCUGCCGAUACCGGAGCUUGUCCCUUUCCGUCUAACGCCUCAGUUCAUCGGUGUGAUGGAACCGUUGCGGCUGUCGGGCAUCCUGCACAAGUGCCACCUGUAUACGCUGCAAUGUUUGCGAGAUGCCCGGAAGCUGUUGCGUGCCUGUCUGGAGGUGUUUAUCCGGGAACCGACCUUGGAUUGGCUUGAGACGGCAAAACAGCGGACGGCAGCCAGGGAGGACGGAGCACGUGCUGCUGGUAGUACUGUUAGCGAUCGAUUCCAGGAAUGGAACCCGCAAACCCGGGUCGAUAUUGUUAUGCAGAAGCUCAGCGGAGCCAAUCCGAAACGAUUACUGAUGGAUGAGUUGCGGCAGGGUAUUGUGGCUCGACAGCGGGAACACCUUGUCGGGUAUCUGGCCAUUGUACAAUCGGCAGCGGAAGAAGUGCAGGCGGCGCUGCAAGGGAAUGUGUUGACGUUGCCUAUCGAGCUGCAGGUAGCUAUGCUGCUCGAGUUGGCCACCGAUGGAAAGUUGCUCGGGAUCGCCUAUAGUGGUUGGUAUCCGUGGUUUUGAACGACCACACCCCGUACAUGUUAAUUUAACCUUAUACUAGUAUUAGCGCCACUAAUGUGCGCCUAAACAUAAAUCUGUCGCAUCACUUGUGAUUGUUGCAUUAAAAAGUUCCUAUACUAAUACUGAAUAAUUUCAAAUACAUCUUACUGCUAAC